AUGGGAUGGAUCAAAUGCAAUACAGAUGGUGCAGCUAGAGGUAAUCCUGGAAGAGGACAACAACAUAAACUAAGCAGGAGGUGUUUCCCAACAAUUUCCAGGAAUCUACUGAAGAUCACUAUCUUACUGAUCUACAUGUCAAUGGAGCAACCUUUGAAUCAAUCAUCUUCAACCCAUCAAGUGUUGUUGAGUUUUAGAGCACAAGACACUUGCCUGGCUUUCACUGAUCACCUUUACAGUGCAUUAGUUCAAGCUGGCAUUCAAACACUCAAAGACACAACAAGAAUAGAGCAAAUCCACAAAGCAAGUCGAGAAUCGAAGCUUGAUGUGAUUAGGAAGCAUAAGGAGAAAUUGGAUCGUACAGUUGUACCAGUGUUCUAUGAUGUGGAUCCUUCUCAUGUUAGGAAACACAAGGGAAGGAUUGGGGAAGCAUUAGCUUUGCAUGAAAAAGACUUGAAACUAGAAAGCAGUGGAAGGGAAAGGGUUGAAAGAUGGAGAGAAGCACUUGCUAAAGUUGCUGACUUGGGGGGAAUGGUCUUAGAGAAUCAAGAUGAUGGGCCUAUUGGUUAUUUGCGGGAUGGGUGGCAUAGGGAAGACCACCCUGGCCAAUUCAUCUAUAGGUCAAACUUUCAUGUUUUUGAAGGCAGCAGUUGUGUUCUUAACAUUAAAGAAGUUUCCAAGCAACCUAAUGGUUUAGUUAAGUUGCAGAAGCAAAUACUUUCUGACAUUCUAAAAAGAGAGAAGGGAAGAGUAUCAUGUGUUGAUGAAGGAAUUGUAAAGAUUUCGGAUGUCGUAAGUGGAAAUAGAGUCCUACUUGUUCUUGAUGAUCUGGAUGACUCUGAUCAAGUAAAUGCAGUUUUCAGGAUGAAAAUUUCAUUUUACCUAGGAAGUAAAAUAAUCAUAACAACCCGACAGGAGCGUAUUCUAACUCCUCGCCUAGUUGACAAGGUUUAUAGCUUUGCGACACUAAGCAGUAAUGAAUCAUUAGAUCUCUUCAGUUGGUAUACCUUCGGAAAACCACAUCCUGUAGAGGGUUUUCUUAAGUAUUCAAAUGAAGUAGUGAAACGGUGUGGAGGAAUUCCACUUGCACUGAGAGUUUUGGGUUCUUCCCUGGCAGGACAAAAUCUUGAUGUAUGGCAAAGUACAAUAGAAAAGUUGAAAGUUGUUCCUAAUAAUUGGAUUAUUGAACUGCUCAAAAUCAGUUAUGAAUCUCUAGAAGAUGAUGAUAGGAGUCUAUUCCUUCAUAUAGCUUGUUUCUUUGUCUGGGAGGAUAAAGAUUUUCCUGUCAAAAUACUAGAAAAAUGUGAACUUUUCACUAUAGUGGGGAUCCAGAACCUUAUGGUCACGCCCCAAAACCCACCCUAG